CUCAUCUUUAACCAACACCUGAGUUCGACUUAUUUGAUGGAUUUAACACUGACAAAUUUUGCCCCUUUUUUUGUUUCAUCCUUUUCAUUCCAACCAUUACCCAGAUUCCAAAUAUCUACUAUUACAAUCAUGCCAAACACUCGCAAUUCUUCAUCGCCUACUACCGCCGAAGAAAACCUGUUCUUGGAUAUACUGAAUGAUGCUCCUUUAGCUGCGCAUCGAAAGCCUACCAGGAUUUAUGGAAGUAUAUUCUAUUGUUUCUUUUUGGCAAGUUACGCCACCGUUGGGAUUGGAGCCCCAUGGAUUUUUGAACCUCUUGAUGCCUGGAUCUCACCACUUCUUUGCAGUUGCAAUGUUAUUCUUUUACUGAUCACAGGGAUCUUUCAACAAUAUCUUGUGUACCAAGUGCAGAAGAUACGAUUACAGGGUUACUACAUACUCAGCCAGAAGUUGAAGCAUAUUGUUCGUCUACCAUUUGCAACAAUUUCAUAUGGGACUGCUGGGAUGCUGCUUCUUGUGGCCUGGGAACCAAAAAUUAGUUUCUUGUCAUCGUCUGCAACACUUAGGAUUGUGAUGCUAGUUGAAGUAAUUAUUGCUGGCUCUUUUAUGACUGCCUACAUUAGCUAUGUUCACCAAUAUAAUUCAUUAAAUUCUCAGCCAGAUGUGUUAAAAUCAUUAUACACUCCACUUCAACCAUCAAGCUCGCUGGAAGGUUUAAGGUAUCAUGAUGGAAGGCUUUCUGAUCAGCAAAUGGCAUUGCUGCAGUACCAACGAGAAAACAUUCAUUUUCUUUGUGAGGAGAUUUUGCGGCUGCAAGAAUGUUUGAGCAAAUACGAAAGAUCUGAUGAUGGGAUUGCUCCUCAGGUUGACCUAGCCCAUCUUUUGGCUGCUCGUGAUCAAGAACUCCGAACACUUUCAGCUGAGAUGGAUCAACUGCAAUCUGAACUACAACUUGCUCGAUCUUUAAUUGCUGACAAGGAUGCUGAAAUUCAACGUGUUCGCAACACAAACAAUCAGUAUAUUGAAGAGAACGAACGUUUAAGGGCAAUUCUAGGUGAAUGGAGUGCACGAGCCGCAAAGCUUGAACGUGCAUUGGAGAUUGAAGGAAUGUCGAAUUUAGAUUUGCAGAAAAGAGUUGCCACCCUUAGGAACCAAUUAGGUGAACAUUCACAACAAAGCCAACAGCAUUGAGGUUGAAGGCUUCUGAUUUAAAGCUUUGUAAAUGGUUUGAUUUUUCAAUAUGUACAGACAUGAACUCUUCUUAAGGUCUCCCUCCUCUCAGAAUUAUGUAAUUAACUGAUGAUGUACAGUGUAGUUUGUGGUUUAGCUACAAAUUAUGUCUAUUUGUACUAUUAUUUAUUUAUUUAUUUAAUUUUUUCAUUUCAAUCUA